AUGCACCUCACUUACCCUUCUGGUGGCCUCUGCUGCAGGAUUGUCUCUUGGCUCGCAAGUCUUCUCUCCGCAUACAUCGUUGCCACGAAGAGGACGGAAGGACGCCCCAGACUCACCAAUGGCGAUGACGGCCACGCCGAUGUAGCGACCAGCGACUUCAUCGUCAGUCCCUUCUCCCAACGCCGACACUUCUAUGGCGACAUCCUGAGAAUGCGUCACAUCGCUACCUUCGAAGCAUCAUCCGCACUUGCUCUGGUAACGGGACUGGGUACCAAACGGGCGAAGGAGCUGAUCCGAGAGAUGAACAACUCUGACGGCCUGAUCCAAUUCACGCAAAUCAAUGAUCCGAGAUCUCAAGCCUUUGUGAACAUCGACCCUUCUAGUAAGAACGCUGGGUUUAUUUCUCGGAUCAUUAAUUUCGUUAUUGCUGCCGAUCCGUACGGAAACAUCCUGCGGAUUCGGCCAUGA